AUGUUUGGCGAUUGGUCGACUCCCCUGGAUAAUGCUGAGGCCUGCCCCGUCACAAUGCUUAAGCUCAACGGGAAAAGCUACGUUAUGCAGUGGCAGUUACCUGCAUUAAGGAGUUCACAUGGGAAUAUUGAUCAGGCCGUCGCUGUGAUGGCCGACCGACCCGAUGCCGGAGAUAUGAACCCCGAGGAGCGGGACAUGGUGUUGACCCCAAAGCUACCACUUAACAGAACAGACACGCUCGGCUUCAUUAGUCCAUCAAUCAACACGUGCUGGACACGUGCUGCAGGACUGGCAUUGGCUAUGGAGGUAUUUGCGAGGUCAAACUUUAUCCAAAUGUGGACGGACACAAGCUCUCUAAACCGUCGUUUGGCCAACUCUAUAUCCCAAAGAUCAUCCUCGGGCCGCAGCACCCCUGCUCAUGGAGAUCCCCUCCUCACUGCAAUGCUUCAACUAUAA